AUUCUCUGGGAUGUGUUUGUUAUUUCCGUUAUUUCAGUUUAGUGAACCGUGAACCGUGAACCGUGAACCGUGAACCGUGAACCGCCUUAUAAAAACCCUUUACCCCCUAGCCCAAGCAAUUAUAUUAUGUCCCAGUUUGUUUUCUCAGCCAAAUUCAUUUCUUGAAUUCCAAAGCUUGCAAUUUACGUUUUUCCAAAUACGAAAUCACAAAUGGCUAUCAAGGCGCUUCAGCUCUGCUUCUUUCCCAAGCUUCUCCAAGUCCAAGAAUAUCCCACAUUACCCUUCUUCUGCUCGCCAUUGAUGACUCAAGGUGGGAAUGAUGAAAGUGAAGAAAGAAAAUGCAGACACAAAUGGCCGAAGUUGGUAUUGAUAGGACACAGAGGAAAUGGAAUGAACAUGUUGCAGUCCUCUGAUAUCAGAAUGAGAGGAAUCAAAGAGAACUCAAUCCUCUCCUUCAAUACUGCUGCUCAAUUCCCAAUUGAUUUUGUUGAGUUCGACGUUCAGGUGACGGAAGAUGACUGUCCAGUAAUUUUUCAUGACAACUUUAUCGUCAGUGAGGACAAGGGUCUUUUCAUUGAGAAGAGAGUUACAGACCUUAAGCUACCAGAAUUUCUUUCCUAUGGACCCCAGAAAGAGCUUGGAGAGGUGAAAAUGCCUCUGUUCAGAAAAAUGAAAGAUGGAACAUUUUUUGAGUGGAAGGUGGAAAAGGAUGCCCCCCUAUGCACAUUGCAAGAGGCGUUUGAGAAAGUCAAGCAUUCGCUGGGAUUUAAUAUGGAAUUGAAGUUUGAUGAUCACAUAGUCUACACAGAGAGACAGCUUAAGCAUGUUCUUCAAGUAAUCUUGCAGGUGGUAAAUGAGUAUGCAAAGGGCAGACCAAUCUUCUUUUCAACCUUUCAGCCUGAUGCAGCUCUUUUGAUAAGAAAAAUGCAGAGCAGAUACCCUGUAUAUUUUCUCACUGAAGGAGGGUCUCAAAUGUAUGCUGAUGCUAGAAAGAACUCUUUGGGAGAAGCAGUUAAGGUGUGCUUGGCAGGUGGUUUGCAAGGCAUUGUUUCAGAAGUGAGUGCUAUCUUGGGAGAUCCAGAAGCUGUAACCAGGAUUCAAGGGGAAAAAAUCCACCUGUUAACUUACGGCCAACUAAAUAAUAUUGUAAAGGCUGUGUACAUGCAACUUCAGAUGGGUGUAGACGGAGUGAUUGUUGACCUUGUUCAAGAGAUCACAGAGGCAGUUUGUGACUGAGUAGUACAUGAAUUCUCACAGUAGAACUGAAACUUUCUCUUUACUAGCUAGAGCCUAGAGGUUAUACCAGAUUUAGUGCAACGUUGAAUUAGGCCAUACAGUCAUACAAGCAGCCCAAAUUGACAAGUAGAAACUAUAUCCUGUCCUAUGCAUGUAUAGAGAGAUGCACAAGAUGAGUACUGUACUGAGAUCAAUUGAUCAACAUGGA